UUGAUAAAGGCUGGAAGUAGUUUGAAUGUGAGAGAUAAAUCUUCUGGUAACACAGCUUUACACAGUGCUCUCCAUCAUUACAACAGUGAAGCAGCUGAACUUCUUAUAGAUGCAGGUUGUGAUGUGAAUGCCUUAAAUGGAAAGAGGAUCACCCCACUGUACAUGGCCUGUGAGAAAAAUGAGGAUAAAAUUGUUAGAAAAAUCCUGAAAAAUAAGAGAUUCUCACCAAAGUUUUUCAGUAUUACACAGAUACCCCAGCCAUUGUUUGCAGCAGUCAAGAAUAACCAUGUUCAUCUUGUUGACCUACUUAUAAAAGCAGGUUGUGAUAUUAACAUGGUUAAUAUUGAAGGAUUGUCUCCUGUUCAAGUGUCAAUAAAAGAAAACUGUUCUUUUGUUACUAAACUAUUGCUCAUGUAUAAUUGUGACCUUGAAGCUCAUGCAAAGGUCAAACGUUUGUUUAAAUGUUGCUUGGAGCAUGAAGAUAAUCAUCCUCACUUUGGCCUUGAACCUUUGUUUCUGUCCUUGACCCAUCGAAGUGUGGAGAUGAUUCAACUGAUAAUUAACUGUUAUUGGAAACAACCGGUUGCCGUCCUUAAAACUUUAAAUCAUGUGUUUUCAACUACGCCAGAACUAAGUACGCACUAUUCUCCGGAACUGAAAGCUGAAAUUCAAAAACUGUUCCAAUUAUCAAUGAGGACACCAAGAGGGCUUCAAGAAAGUUGUCGAGCAGUCAUCCGUCAAAAGUUAGGGUCUUGUCCGCAAACCAAGUUAGAUAAAUUACCAGUGGCCAAACGGUUGCAUGGAUAUCUCUUAAUGGAAGAAUUUUUUAGUGACUUGUUUGACACAGUCAAAGAAAAUGAAGCUGCUCAUCCCAAAGAUUUUCAUGACUUUCAUUCUGCAGACGAUAUUCCUGUUGACCUUGAUUUUAGAGAGAGGUCUGAAGGUAGAGACACAUGAUUCUUAGUACCAGUAAAUGCAUUCUCUAUAUAAGGGCUUUGUGGCAAUACAGAAUCUUUCUUCUACGCAAUUUUGUGUUUUAAUAUUCAUCGGAUUUACAACAAAACAAAUUCAUUAUCAAAAGUUUACAUACAAAUUCCAUUGAUAAUUCUUUACAGUUGUAAAGUUACUUUUGAGCUCACCUGUCACAAAGUGACAGGGUGAGGUUUUGUGAUCGCUUUGCGUCCGCCGUCCGUCCGUAAACUUUUACUUUAAAUGACAUCUCCUCAUAAACCACUAAGCCAAUUUCAUCCAAACUUCACAGGAAUGUUCCUUUGGUGGUCACCUUUAAAAAUUGUUCAAAGAAUUUAAUUCCAUGCAGAACUCUGGUUGCCAUGGCAACGGAAAGAAAAAACUUUAAAUAUCUUGUUUUAAAAAA